ACACAAAAACACAUUAUACAAUUACAUUUUGGUUUUGGGAGAUUCCAUACAAUUAAUCGAAAACAAUAAAAGGAGCAGAGAGAUCUUCAGUAAAAAAAUUUAUAAAAUUCAGAAGAGAAAGAUGUAAUUUUUGUUUAUUUAAUUAUUGCAUUUUUCUCCCACUAUCCACAAUUAAAUUCUAUAUUAUAAGAUCAUGUAUCGAAAAAACUCAGAUUUUGACUUAAACAAAGCUCUCUCUCUUUCACAAUCUAUUCUCUUUUUUGGUUGUUUUGGUCAAUAAAGCUGUAAACUUUAGAUCUAUGAGACAAAACCCAUUUGAAUUCUGGCCUUGAUUUUGACCAAAUAUGGUUAAAUUAUUGGUUUUGAUGGUGGUGGCGGUGGUGGGUCUCUUUCAUGGGGCUGAGAGUGUUGAGGAGACGAAGCAGGAAGCUCCAUGGAGAAUCCACACACUGUUCUCGGUGGAGUGCCAGAACUACUUUGACUGGCAAACAGUUGGGCUUGUUCAUAGCUUCAAGAAAUCGGGUCAACCCGGCCCACUUACCCGUCUCCUCAGCUGUACGGACCAGGAGAAGAAGAAUUACAAAGGAAUGGAUUUGGCUCCUACUUUUGAGGUCCCUUCUAUGAGCAAACACCCCAAAACUGGUGAUUGGUACCCUGCAAUUAACAAACCAGCUGGAGUAGUACACUGGCUAAAACAUAGUAAAGAUGCAGAAAAUGUUGAUUGGGUUGUGAUUUUGGACGCUGACAUGAUCAUUAGAGGCCCAAUUGUACCAUGGGAAAUUGGUGCUGAGAAAGGCAGACCUGUUGCUGCAUAUUAUGGGUACUUGGUCGGAUGCGAUAAUGCUCUUGCUGGAAUGCACACUAAACACCCGGAACUAUGUGAUAAAGUUGGUGGGCUUCUAGCUAUGCAUAUCGAUGAUCUUAGGAAACUAGCACCCUUGUGGCUUUCGAAAACAGAAGAAGUGCGAGAAGAUCGAGCUCAUUGGGGAACAAAUCUUACUGGUGACAUUUAUGGGAAAGGAUGGAUCAGUGAGAUGUAUGGAUACUCUUUUGGUGCUGCUGAAGCAGGACUUCGACACAAGAUCAAUGAUAAUCUGAUGCUAUACCCAGGUUAUGUUCCACGAGAAGGCGUUGAGCCUAUUCUUCUUCAUUAUGGCUUGCCAAUUCAAGUGGGAAAUUGGUCUUUUAGCAAAUUAGAACACCACGAAGACGACAUUGUUUACAAAUGUGGGAAACUCUUCCCUGAACCUCCUUAUCCUAGAGAGAUAGAGCAAAUGGAAACUGAUCCACAUAAAAAGCGUGCUCUGUAUAUUAGCGUAGAAUGUAUUAACACUUUAAAUGACGGUCUUUUAGCACAACAUGCAGCAUAUGGCUGUUCUAAGCCGGGUUGGUCAAAAUACUUGAGUUUUCUAAAGAGCAAGAAAUAUGCUGAACUGACAAGGCCGAAGCGUUUGUCUCCAGCUAGUUUGGAAUUUAUGGAGGAUAGACAAAAGCCACCGGUCAUUGACACCACAGAGAAGCCACGUCCAAAAAUCCAUACUUUAUUCUCCACCGAGUGUACAACUUACUUCGAUUGGCAAACUGUAGGUUUUAUGCAUAGUUUCUACCUGAGCGGCCAGCCUGGAAAAAUUACACGACUUCUUAGCUGUACUAAUGAAGAUUUGCAGAAAUAUCAGGGCAUUGAUCUGGCACCCACUCAUAUAGUCCCUUCCAUGAGCCGGCAUCCAUUAACGGGCGAUUGGUAUCCAGCAAUUAAUAAACCAGCUGCUGUACUUCACUGGCUUCAUCAUACCGAAAUUGAUGCAGAGUAUAUAGUGAUUCUUGAUGCUGAUAUGAUACUCAGAGGUCCAAUUACUCCAUGGGAAUUUAAUGCAGCACGCGGGCACCCAGUUUCAACUCCCUACGAAUAUCUCAUUGGCUGUGACAAUGAGCUUGCACAACUCCAUACUAGCCAUCCCGAUGCCUGUGACAAGGUUGGGGGUGUAAUCAUCAUGCAUAUAGAUGACCUUCGAAGAUUCGCUUUACUGUGGUUGCAUAAAACCGAAGAAGUACGUGCUGACAGAAGUCAUUAUGGAACGAAUUUCACUGGCGAUAUAUAUAAUUCUGGGUGGAUAAGUGAGAUGUAUGGCUACUCAUUUGGAGCAGCAGAGUUGGGUUUAAAACACCAAAUUAAUAAUAAGAUCAUGAUAUACCCGGGAUAUGUUCCCGAACCCGGUGUCCAUUAUAGAGUUUUCCAUUAUGGAUUGGAAUUUCAUGUUGGUAAUUGGAGCUUUGACAAGGCAAACUGGAGGGAAACUGAUGUGGUCAACAAAUGCUGGGCCAAGUUUCCAGAUCCUCCCGACCCUAAAUCGCUUGAAAAGAUUGACGAAGGAUUAUAUCAGAGGGAUUUGCUAAGCAUAGAAUGUAUUAAGACUAUCAACGAUGCAUUGCGCUUGCACCACGAACGAAGAAAAUGCCAGGACCCCAAUUUAAUAAUGUCCCCCCCGAAAUUGGAAACUCCCAAAGAAAUUGCAUAUUCAAGGAAAUUUGGUCAUGUUGAUGAAACUUUUACUGUGAAAAACAACAACAACAAUUCAGAAGUAAAUCAUUCUCGGAAAUUGUCAGAGCCAACCGAGACUGAUGAUAGCAGGUUUAGCUCAAUGCGGUUCUGGAUAAUUGUUCUGUGGGCAUUUUCUGGCUUGGGUUUUGUGGCGGUUAUGUUGUUCUUGUGCUCGAUUCGCAAAGGGAAAGGCACACGAACAAAACACCAUAGAAGCAAGAGAAGGACACCCUAUUCAGGUUCAAUGGAUUGAUCGGUCAAGAUCGGUGUAUCCAUCCACAAUUCUGAUGCUGCAGCUGCAUAAUGUUCAUCCAAGGAGCGCGAAAAUUGACAAACUUCAUGGAAAGAAAAGAUUAUGCUCUGUCAAGUAUAUACUUGGAAGUAUUUCAGAGCUAAAUGCAGAGUUUUACUACAAAGAGUUAAAGGCCAAUUCUUUGAUAACAUUGUGAUCUUUCUUCUUGUGAAUUCACUGGUAAGAGUUUCAUAAAUAAACUUCCAAUCAUUUUUUUGUGUCUUCCUAAUUAUACUUUUUGUUUUAGAGGCUUACUUUAUGUAUAUCUAGCAGAAUUUGUCUUGGACAAUAAUAUAUUAAAGAUGUUGUCGUUUUAUUUGCAA